UAAAACUACACGAUGUAGACGUUAAUUUUAGAGACGUUAUAAUUGGUUUUGAUUGCAAUCUCGCUCUUAUAACUUUUAUAUAGAAUGAUAUUUUUUAUCAUAUUUUUUAAAUAAUUUAUUCAUCUAUUAAUUUGUUGUGUUGGAUUUUUUCUUUCUUUUUGUACGUUAGUCUGUAUUUGUAGCUGUAAUUUACACUUUGUUCAUUUUUGCAUUAUCAAAUUGAAAAGAAUUGUACAAUUAGGAGUGAGUCUGUGUCUCACAACAUUGAUAUGCAUCACUUACACUCUGUUACAUAUAUAAACAACACUACUACUACUACUACUACUACUACUAAUAAUAAUAAUAGAGUGACGCCAUUAAAAAACAAUAUAAACAAAAAUCAUCACUUUAAAUGGGUUUUAAUGUUUUAUAAAGCCAAGUCUCCGGUAUCAUUUUAUACUGAAUUUAUUUAUUUAUUUAUUUAUUUAUUUAUUUAUUGUGCUAUAGUACUAGUAAUCAUUUUGCAUUUCAUGAAGCCCGCUAGAUGGCAGCCGAGGACAAACAGUUGGAGCGCAUGACGCGUCAGAUGGUUUACAAACUGAAGCGGUGAAAAGCUUUUAAUUCGAGGAGCUCUUCAAAACGGACUUGCCCUGUUUUUGUUUUCCACUGAACGGAAAAACAAAUGCUCGCGAUAACAGGUCAGGUUGUAGGCCAAGUUCAAGUGAGAAACGUUAUGUUUAGAAAAAGUAAAUUGUAACUAAAACAGGCCAAGUAAUAAAUGUGAAAGAAAUGCUGCUCUGUGCUACAGGUGGCAGUGAUGGCGCGGCAAGAAAACAGUUUUUUCUAGCAGCGAUGUUUACAUUAGUCACAACAGCAACUUCGGGGGGAUUUUAAUGCCACAUCACAACGAGUGUCCAUAACUUAAGACAAAAUGCCUUCAGAAACAAAUGAAGAAAUAUUCUGUGUGCUUCUUCAAAAUUUGAAAUAGGUGCAGGUGAUGUGGAGUGAAGGUUCGGCUGGCAGGAUGACAGUGGCCAAGCUGCUGCUCUCUUACUUCCUCCUACAAGCACUCAGUGAAGCUUUUAACCAACCUCCACGGUUCCAGAACUACUUCUUCCAGUCAUACCUGCUCAUUUACGAGAACACUCCAGUGGGUUCUUCGAUAACUCAACUCACAGCCGUGGAUCCCGAUGGAGAGCCGCUCAUUUUUGGCGUGGUGGGUGAGGAGGCCUCGAGGUUCUUUGCCGUUCAGGAGAACACUGGCGUGGUGUGGCUCCGACAGCCACUCGACCGUGAGACAAAGUCUGAAAUGCAGGUGGUGUUUUCUGUCAGUGACAGUCAAGGGGUGGUGAAGGACACCGUGAACAUCCAGAUUGGAGAUGUGAAUGACAACGCGCCGACUUUCCAUAACCAGCCUUACACUCUGAAUAUACCCGAGGACACUCCAGUGGGAACAUCAAUCUUCAUGGUCAACGCUACAGACCCGGACCAAGGCACUGGGGGAAGUGUGCUUUUCUCUUUCCAACCUCCGUCUCCCUUCUUCUCCAUUGACGGCGCCCGAGGAAUCGUCACCGUGUCGAGACGUCUGGAUUAUGAAAUCACGAGUGCCUACCAGCUCACUGUCAAUGCUACGGACCAGGACAAGCUUCGUCCUCUCUCCAGUCUGUCUAACAUGGCCAUCACGCUCUCUGACAUUCAGGACAUGGACCCCAUUUUCACCAACCUGCCCUACAACACCAAUGUAGAGGAGGAAGCCCCGCUGGGUUUUGAGGUGCGUAAGAUCCGAGCGAUCGAUCAGGAUCUGGGCAAACCUCGAGGCAUUGGAUACACCAUUUCAUCAGGGAACACCAACAGUGUGUUUGCGUUGGACUACAUCAGCGGAUCUUUGACGGUGAACGGCCGCCUGGACCGAGAGAACCCGCUGUACUCUUCAGGAUUCUCACUCACGGUCAAGGCGACAGAGCUGAACGAAGACCGUACGCCCUCGUCAGCGACCGUCCUCACCACCUUCACCAUCCUGCUCAUCGAUAAGAACGAUAACGCUCCCAAGUUUAACAGCUCCGAGUACCGGGUGCGCAUCACCGAGCUGGCCCAAGUGGGGUUCGCCCUGCCGCUGCCUAUACAGGUGGAGGACAAGGACGAGGGAGUGAACAGCAUGUUCGAGGUGAUCUUAAUGGGGAACAACUCGGAUCACUUCACCAUCUCCCCCACGUCGGUGCAGGGCCGAGCUGAUAUCCGCGUGCGUGUGGCUGUGCCUCUGGACUUUGAGACUAUCAGAAGCUACAGCUUUUCUCUGUACGCCAACGAGUCCGUGGCAGAGCAUGUGGGCUUCGCUCGGGUCUUCAUCGAUCUGCUCAAUGAGAAUGACAACAGGCCGGUGUUCAGCCAACCGCUGUAUAACAUCAGCUUACUGGAGAGCACAGCAACGGGAACAUCACUCCUGAGGAUCCAAGCCACAGAUAAUGAUUUUGGCACGUUCGGUGUCGUGCGCUACUUCUUCAGUGACGAGCCUGACCAAUUCUCGCUGGACCCCGAGACCGGCUGGGUGACGCUGAGGGGUCGUCUGGAUUACGAGCUGUCACGUCGCUACACUCUGACGGUCUUGGCCCGUGACGGCGCUGGGGAAGAGACCACAGGACGUCUCCGCGUCAACGUGAUGGACGUGAAUGACAACGCUCCUGUCUUUCAGAAGGACGCUUACUCCGGUUCACUGAUGGAAAACCAGCAGGUCGCUCAGCAAGUGGCCAGAGCGAGGGCGACUGACGAAGACUCUCCUCCUAAUAACGUCUUGACCUACUCCAUCGUCUACGCCUCUCAGUUCCGCAGUUUUUUCAGCAUCACCAUGGUGGAGGGCUACGCAGUGAUCACAGUGAACAGACCUCUAGACUACGAACAGGUUCCUGGCGGGAUGAUCUAUCUGACACUGAUGGCCACAGACGGGGGAGAUCCAGCCUUAAACAGCACCGUGCCCAUCACCGUAGAGCUGUUUGAUGAGAACGACAAUCCUCCAGAGUUCAGCCAAUCCUCGUACAUUGUACGGAUCUCCGAGAACAUGGUCGCAGGGGCGACUGUGUUGUUUGUGACAGCGACAGAUUUGGAUGCAUCCAGAGAAUUUGGCCAGGCCUCACUCAUCUACUCACUGCAGGGCUCCUCUGAGUUCAGACUGAACACACGCUCAGGGGAGAUCACCACUACGGCUCUGCUGGAUCGUGAGCUGAAGUCUGAGUACAUUCUGAUCGUGCGAGCUGUGGACGGAGGGGUGGGGCCUCUGCAGAAAACCGGUAUCGCCACGGUCAACAUCACUGUCCUGGAUAUUAACGACAACGCCCCCAUGUGGCAGGACGAGCCAUAUCUAGCCAACGUCGUGGAAAUGAGCCCAAUCAACACCGAUGUCAUCUCGGUGCUGGCCCUGGACCCUGAUAAUGGAGAGAAUGGGACAGUCGUGUACAGUAUCAGUCCAGCAAACCCCUAUUAUAUCAUCAAUAACAGAACCGGGAAGAUCCGGACCAGCGGCGCCGUGCUGGACAGAGAGAGUCUGGAUCCCCGAGCUGCCCAGCUCAUGAGGACCAUCGUCAUCUCAGCCACUGAUCGUGGGAACCCACCACUGCGCUCCUCAGCCAGCACCACAGUCUACGUCAAUCUGCUGGACCUUAAUGACAACGACCCCACCUUCCUCAACCUGCCAUUCAUCGCCGAGGUGCCAGAGGGUCUUCCUAUCGACUCGUCUGUCUUCAGGGUGCAGGUACAGGACCCGGAUGAGGCGGAGAAUGGGGCAGUGACAUUGGUGGUACAGAUGGGCUUUCCCCGGCUAGACUUCCGCCUCAACAGCAGCACAGGGGUGCUGUUCUCCACAGCUGUACUGGACCGUGAGCGGAUCGCGCAGUACCAGCUGCGGCUAGUGGCGUCCGAUGCAGGGCAAUUCCCACGCACCUCCACCAGCACCCUUACCAUCACGGUGUUGGACAUGAAUGACGAGACGCCUACGUUUUUCCCACGUGUGUACAACGCGUCGGUGUUGGAGAACGUCCCGCGGGAUUUCGUGGUCGUGCGGCUCAACUGUUCUGAUAACGACGCUGGACUCAAUGCUGAACUCAGCUAUUUCAUCACAGGUGGAAAUCAGGAUGGGAAAUUCAGUGUGGGCUUCAGGAACGGUGUGGUGCGCACUGUGGUGGAUCUGGACCGAGAAACACAAGCGUCAUACACACUCGUCAUCGAGGCUAUCGAUAACGGCCCAGCUGGGGACAGAAAAACAGGCACAGCUACCGUCUAUGUAGAAGUGCUGGACGUCAACGACAACAGACCCAUCUUCCUUCAGAACAGCUACGAGACAACUGUUCUGGAGAACGUCCCGAGAGGAAGCAGCGUCCUACAGGUCCAGGCCACAGAUGCAGAUCAGGGAGAAAAUGGCAGAGUUCUGUACCGAAUUAUCUCAGGUAACAGUGGAGGUCAGUUCAGUAUAGACCUUAUGUCUGGUCUGAUCGCCCGAGGACAGCGGGCUCUGGACAGAGAGACGAGCAGCUCUCACCUGCUGGAGGUGGAGGCCUACAACAGUGACCAAGGCAGCAUGCGCAGCUUUGUCAGGGUGAUCGUGUACGUGAAGGACGUGAAUGACGAGCGUCCCGUGUUCACCCAGCAGCAGUACAACAGACUCGGCCUGAGAGAAACAGCCGGAAUCGGCACCUCUGUGAUCGUAGUACGGGCCACUGACCCAGACACAGGAGACGGAGGCGCCGUGUCCUACGCCCUCGUCUCGGGCGCGGACCGUAAAUUUGAGGUGGACGUCAGUACAGGACUAGUGACUACUGUGGAUUAUCUCGACUAUGAGACCAAGACCAGCUACCUAAUGAAUGUGUCGGCCACAGACCAAGCUCCUCCCUUUAAUCGGGCCUUCUGCACGGUAUACGUCACUCUGCUGAACGAGCUGGACGAGGCCGUGUCCUUCCUGAUGGCCGGGUAUGAAGUGUCCCUGAGGGAAAAUAUAGCUGCCGGAACGGAAGUGGUCCAAGUGCGAGCUCAGUCAGCAGAUAAUCUGAAUCAGCUGACGUAUCGCUUCGACCCCGAUACGUCGCCCGCUGCCCUCGCGCUCUUCAAGAUCGAUGCCGUCACGGGUCGAAUCACCGUGACUGGUCCGAUAGACCGAGAGAAGGGUGACUCCUACACCCUCACAGUGGUUGCUGAUGACGGAGGGCCUAAAAGAGGAUCCACUGUGAAGGUGUCCAUCACCAUUCUCGACGAGAACGACAACAGCCCCGAGUUCGACCUCACGUCAGACUUAUCGGUGAACGUUCCAGAAGAUACGCCCAUGGGCCAGAGAGUGGCCAUGGUGACGGCACGGGAUAAAGACGCCGGGAGGAACGGACUGGUGAACUUCACGCUGGUGGCAGGCAACAUGAGGGAUAUAUUCGAGAUCCGAAGCAUCAACAACACGUUUGGAGACAUUUACGUAAACGCCCCUCUCGACCGAGAAGCGGUGGACCGCUAUCUGCUUAAGGUGCGGGCCGUAGAUAACGGCUCUCCUCCUCGCUUUACGGAUCAUUCGCUCACUGUGAAUAUCGUGGACGUAAAUGAUAACGCUCCUGUCGUCCAGAGCCCUCGCGGCUACAACGUCAGUGUCGUUGAGAACGUAGGUGGCGGUACGUCGGUCCUGCGUGUCGUAGCUACGGAUCGAGACAUCGGGCCCAACGCUGUGCUGUCCUAUUACAUCACAGCCGGCAACCAGGAUUUAACGUUCCGCAUGGACCGUAUGAGCGGAGAAAUCGUGACCAGACCUUCACCUCCUGACCGAGAGAGACAGCAGCAGUACACACUAACCGUCACGGUGGAGGACGACGGAACUCCGCCCCUCUCGACCUCCACUACGGUGUGGGUUUAUAUAAUCGAUGAGAACGACAACGCCCCAGCUUUUGCUGCAAAGGAGUACGUGACUAUCCUCACCGAGGGUCCAGACACGGUAGGGGCCACCAUUGCUACGGUUACAGCCUCUGACCCUGACGAAGGACUGAAUGGGACUCUGCGCUAUGCCAUCGCACUCGGCAAUGUGGCUCAAACAUUCAGCAUCAGUCCCACCACGGGCCGGAUCACGGUGCUGAGAGAGGUGGAUUAUGAGAUCAGUAGUGGACGCUACACGCUGAUCAUCACUGCUACCGAUCAAUGUCCAAUACCGCAGCUCAGACUGACAUCUAGUGCCACUGUGCUGGUGAAUGUGAUCGACGUGAACGAUGUGACCCCACAGUUCCCAAGGCCCUUCGAGGGCCCGUUUGAGAUUACAGAGGGCCAGCCGGGGCCUCGAGUCUGCACGCUAAGGGCCACUGAUGAAGACUCGGGUCUUAAUGGAAAAGUGGAAUACAGCAUCACAGCCGGAGACCCCAACAAUGAGUUUAUAGUCUCGCCUGUGGAGGGGGAGCUGAGAGUCAGAAGAGACGUCGAACUGGACAGAGAGACUACGGCGUAUUAUAACAUCACGGUUACUGCUAAAGACCUGGGAACACCUCCACGUAGCAGCACGGUGAUGGUGGGGGUUGUGGUAUUGGAUAUUAAUGAUAACGACCCCAUAUUGAUGAACUUGCCCCUGAACACCAGUGUGAGUGAGGGCGCACCUGUCCAGACCUCCAUCGCCCGGGUGCGAGCACAGGACGCCGACGGUGGUCGCAAUGCUCUCCUGACAUACAACAUCACGGCGGGCAAUCCAGACGGCGCUUUCUACAUCAACGAAACCUCAGGUGUGGUUCAGGUGAACAGACCCUUGGAUAGAGAGAGAAUUGCAGAAUAUUCACUGACCAUCACAGUGAAGGACAAUCCAGAGAACCCACGUAUUGCUCGAAGGGACUCGGAAAUUCUGGUGGUCACCAUUUUGGAUGUUAACGACAACCGGCCGAUCUUCACGUCAUCGAGCUACAGAGGAGAGAUCAGCGAGAAUUCCCCUACAGGUACCACUGUGCUUAUCCUAAAUGGGCCCGUUUUGGCUACAGACAGAGAUAUCGGACCAAAUGCUGUGGUAAAAUAUGGCCUGAUUGGUCCAAGGGUGGAUCUUUUCACCAUCAACCCCGCCACAGCCGUGGUAUCGGUUCGUGAGGGUGCCGUGUUGGACAGGGAAGCCUUCUCUGAUCCACGAGUGGAGUUGUUCUUGGUCAGUGAAGACAUUGGCGGACUGAACAGCAGUGUUCCUCUCACCAUCACCAUCCUGGACAGGAAUGACAAUCCUCCAGUGUUUAGCCCUUCCAGCUUCACUGUGCGCCUGCCAGAAAACAGUCCUACUGGUGUGGUAGUGACGCAGCUCUCGGCCACAGAUGCUGAUGCAGGCUCCAACGGUUGGUUGCAGUACCGUUUAGAGAGCGGUGCUCAGGACCGUUUUGUGGUCGAUGCCGUCUCCGGUGCUGUCCUUGUGGGCAACGCCACCCUUGACCGUGAGGAGCGCAGCUCGUAUCGGCUUGUCGUCAUGGCGACAGAUCGUGGCACGCCAACGCUUUCAGGCACGGCCACGUUGACUGUCGUGCUGGAUGACGUUAAUGACUCUCGACCUCGCUUCUUGCAGCCUGUGCAAACUAUCAGUGUUAAUGAGUCGACACCCCCUGGCGUAGUGGUGGCCACGUUAGCUGCUUCGGACCCUGACCUCCAACCUCGUCUGGAGUAUUACAUCAUCUCCGUGGAAGCGAGGGAUGAUGGGAAUAACCAAGUGAGGGGUCUGCAGGACUCAUUUGGGAUUGACUUUCACACAGGUGCUGUAUUUGUACGGAACCCUUUAAACCGAGAGCUGGUAGCUACUUUUGAGAUCAUAGUGUCGGUGCAUGACAAUGCCAGUGACAUUAUUGACAUGUCGGUCAGUGUGCCCAAUGCCAGGCUGACCAUCAGUGUGCUGGAUGUGAAUGACAACACUCCCCGUUUUCGUCCGUUUGGUGUCACCAACUUCUCCGAGAGCAUUCUGGAAGGAGCUCAGCCCGGCACCACUCUGCUCUCGGUGUCCGCUGUCGAUCCGGACAAAGGCCCAAAUGGCCAGAUCUUUUAUGAGCUGUUAAAUCUGCCCAGAGGAGGCUAUGUCAGACUGGAGGACCCCUCUACAGGGAAGAUUAUAGCAAAUCGUACGGUGGAUUUUGAGCAGGUGCACUGGUUGAACUUCACGGUGCGCACUCAGGAUCAGGGCAGUCCACCGCGCUCAUCUGAACUUCCUGUUUAUCUACGCAUUGUCGAUGUAAAUGACAACAACCCUGUCUUCACACAGCCGUCAUAUCAGAGGCCGGUGUUUGAGGAUGUGGCUUUGGGCACCAUCAUUGUGCGAGUCAGUGCUACAGAUGCAGAUUCUGGCCUGUUUGCGGUGAUAGAGUACGGGCUGGUCGAUGGAGAGGGCAAGUUUGGGAUCACCCCAUCUACAGGGGACAUCUAUAUCUUGUCUCCGCUGGACAGAGAGACUAAAGACCACUACACGCUUACAGCUGUCGCCAGGGACAAUCCUGGAGGUAGCCCCAACAACCGGCGGGAAAACUCAGUGCAGGUCCUGGUUACGGUGCUCGACGUGAACGAUUUCCGACCGCGCUUCUCCGAGCGCUUGUUCAGCACCACUGUGUUUGAGAAUGAGCCAAGUGGCACGUCUGUGAUCACGCUUUUAGCUACAGACCUGGACGAGGGAGAGAAUGCCUUGCUCACUUACAGCCUACAGGGGCCUGGAGCAGAUGCGUUCUCUCUUGAUCCCGACACCGGUCUGAUCCGUUCUCUGCGUUUGCUGCACAGUUUUGAGAGGUUUAAUCUGACCGUAGUGGCGACGGAUCACGGUCGGCCUCCUCUCUGGGGCACGGCGCUUCUCCAAAUCACCGUCGUCGACGUAAAUGACAACAGACCCGUCUUCGUCAGGCCAGCUAACGGCACCAUCAUGCACAUCCUCGAGGAGCAGCCGCCGGGCCUGGUGGUGUAUGAGGUGUUUGCGACGGAUGAGGACGAAGGUGUGAACGGAGAGGUGCGUUACAGUUUCCUGCAGACCGGAGCGGGGAACCGGGACUGGGAGAAUUUCCGCAUUGACGCGAUUACCGGCGUCAUCACCACUGCUGUCAAACUGGACCGAGAGAAGCAGGCACUCUACAGCUUGAUUGUGGUAGCUUAUGACCUUGGACAGCCUGUGCCGUAUGAGACGACUCAGCCUCUGCAGGUCGCUCUGUCUGAUAUCGAUGACAACGAGCCUGUGUUCCUCAAACCCCCGCGAGGUGGUCCGUUGUUUCAGUCUCUGUCCGUCCCCGAGCACUCCCCCUCUGGCACAGUGGUGGGCAAUGUUACGGGAGCUGUGGAUGCAGACGAAGGCUCCAAUGCUGUGGUUUACUAUUUUAUUGCAGGUGGAGACACCGAGGGGAACUUUGGAUUGAGCGUGGCUGGAGUUUUGCGAGUGAGAAAAGACCUGGACCGGGAGGAGAUCCCAGUGUACUCGGUCAUCGUCAAAGCCUCCAGUAACAGGAACUGGACGCCACCGAGAGGUCAAAGGUCGCAGCGAAACCGCAUGGCGCUCGACCCGAUCCGUGACCCGACCCUACAGGAAGUCAGGAUCUACCUCGAAGACAUCAACGAUCAGCCGCCGAGGUUCACCAAGGUGGAGUACACUGCAGGCGUAGCAGCGGAUGCUAAAGUCGGUUCGGAUUUGAUUCGGGUUCAGGCCAUCGAUAACGACACCGGCAACAACAGCCUCGUUCUUUAUCACAUUCUGUCCAUCCGCUACAUCAAACUGCAGUCGAACGAGUCAGAGGACAUCGGCAAUGUCUUCAUCAUCGGCGAGACAGAUGGUAUAAUCCGAACAUUCGACCUCUUCACCGCCUAUGACCCGGGCUAUUUUGUGGUGGAAGUGUUGGCACGUGACCUUUCAGGCCACAGCGACGUGGCACUGGUGGGCAUCUACAUCCUGAGAGAUGACCAGAGAGUGAAGCUCAUCAUCAACGAGAUCCCUGAACGUGUCUGGCUCUUCCAGGAGGAGUUUAUUAACCUGCUCUCGAACAUCACAGGAGCCAUAGUCAACAUGGACGAUGUACAGUUCCAUGUGGAUAAAAAAGGCAGAGUGAACUUUGCUCAAACUGAUGUUCUGAUUCACGUCGUCAACAAACAGACCAACCGCAUCCUGGACGUGGAGAGGGUUAUUCAGAUGAUCGACGAGAAUAAAGAACAGCUGAGAAAUCUGUUCAGGAACUACAAUGUCCUGGAUGUCCAGCCUGCUGUGAGUGGACGAGCCCCUGAUGACCUCACUACCCUUCAGAUGGCUAUAAUAAUCCUGGCCGUGCUGCUGUUCCUGGUGGCCAUGUUGUUUAUCUUCAUGAAUUGGUAUUACAGAACAGUACACAAGAGGAAGCUGAAAGCCAUCGUUGCCGGUUCUACAGGCAACCAGGGACUGAUGGACAUCCUAGAUAUGCCCAACACCAACAAGUACACCUUUGAAGGAGCCAAUCCUGUAUGGCUGGACCCGUUCUGCAGAAACCUCGAGUUGGCCGCUCAGGCUGAGCACGAAGACGACCUGCCCGAGAAUCUGAGUGACAUCACAGAUCUGUGGAACAGCCCCGCCCGGACUCACGGAACUUUCGGCCGUGAGCCUCAGGCCUCGAAACCAGAGGACGAUCGCUACCUCAGAGCCGCCAUACAGGAGUAUGACAACAUUGCCAAGCUGGGACAAAUCAUGCGUGAGGGACCCAUUAAGGGCUCGCUGCUCAAUGUGGUACUGGAUGAUUAUCUGAGACUCAAAAAGCUCUUUGCCGCACGUCUGGUCACCAAGUCGACCAGCCAGGACCAGUCGUCCAUCACAGAGCUGGUCCAGAGCGACCUCGACGACGACGACGAUGAGCGAAUGAGCCUCGGAGGACGAGGAACGCUGCGAUUCAAGCACAAGCAUCCUGUGGAGUUGCGUGGCCCGGACGGAGUCCAUGUGGUCCACGGCAGCACAGGCACACUGUUGACCUCUGACCUCAACAGCUUGCCGGAAGAUGACCAGCGGGCGCUGGCACGCUCUCUGGAGGCGCUGCAUGCCGAUGGCGCGCUGUACGCCGAGAGAAACGCUCGCACCGAGUCGGCCAAAUCCACACCGCUGCACCGCAACAAGGGCGGAAACUCGCUUUCAGAGAGCCCGCUGGAAAUCACAGAGCUCUGACUAGCCGAGGCCUCGCUGGUCUGAGAGGCACCGUUGAGAAAGACCGGUUCUUGGCCCCCUUCAUUGCAUCUUCUUUAAAGAAGACUGUAUAUCUGUAAGGCUGUGGAAAUCUUCAAACUCUAUGGCUGCAGACUUUCGGUCGAAGGACAUCGUCAUCCAGGACAAAAACCGUGAAGAUGCUUGGCGCUGCCGAUGAAACACGCUCGUACACUCACAGGGGGUUAAAAAGGGAUUUACAACCCUCUCAAACCAGCGAAAGGCCCACGUAGGAACUCUAGGUUUCGUUUUUUUUUUUUUAAUGUGUGUUUGGUUGAAUAUACAUUUGAUAUUUGGAAAAGGAACCUGAAAACACCUCUGUUUUGUUCCCCUUGGAGAGAAAACUACAAACAGCAGCUGGACACAAUAGACGAUUUCUAUUUCCUAAAUCAGCUGUCUUCCCUCGCGAGUCGUCAUGCGGACCAUGAAGACUAAGGCGUAAACAAAA